CAUCUCAUGCUUCAUCUUUUCAUCCGUGAAUUUAUUCGGUGCUGAAGUAAAGGUUAAUAAUUAUUGGAUUUAAAAAUUCCAUUUUCUUAACUUGAAGAAAUAAUUAAAAACCUUUAAAAUGACUAACGCAUGGAGAGCAGCUGGAAUCACUUACAUCAAAUAUAGCAAUAUUUGUGCUAAAAUUGUUAGAGAAGCACUGAAGACUGAUGCUAGAGCUGAAGCUGCUAAACGUAAUGCUUCACAUGUAAAAUUCACUCCAUGGAAAGAUGGCAGACCAGCACAUGAAAAACCUUAAAUUCAUCAUAAAUUCAAUGGCCAAGCUCAACAAGCUCAGGAAAGUUAAAAGGAGAACCAUGGAAGUUCUAUAAAUAAUUAUUCGACAUUCAAUUUCCAAAAUAUGUAAAUUAUAAAUUAGAUGUAAUGGAAGAAAUAUAAAAUUCGAAAAAUUUUCGAUUGAACACCUUAAAUAA